CUACAUCCUUGAAAUCUAUUGUCGUUAGUUUGCAUGUGCAAUUCCAAGAAUCAAUCUCUGUGCUGUUCAGUAUUUGUCAAUACUCGCACAGAAUUUGUGCAAUAAUGGGCAUAUAAAAAUAGGGAAUAGUUCUUGAAUUAUUGUCUAGCUGUACAAUUUGGAGUUUCUAUGAUGUUUUCAGUAUAUAGCUUAGAUAACAUUCAGUCUUAAUGGUGUGAAAUUCCUCUGCAAUAUACCGUAGACUGGUAUAUUUGCAGUUCAGGAUGAUGAAAAGUUCUCUCAUGUUGGGGACACUUGUGUUAAUGGUGUUACUGCCAGCAGUAUGCCAUGCUGCCUGUAGUUUUCCUGCCAUCUUCAAUUUUGGAGACUCCACAUCAGACACAGGAGGGCUGCACUUUUCUUUCCCCUACAAUAUGCUUGCUGAGAAUCCUCCCUAUGGAAAGACCUUCUUUGGGAAACCUGUGAAUCGCUACAGUGAUGGAAGACUCUCCAUAGACUUUUUCGCAAAUGCACUAGGAUACCCUUUCCUGAGCCCAUACCUGCAGUCAGUGGGAUCAAGUUAUACAAAUGGAGUAAACUUUGCAGCUGCAGGUGCAAGUGUAAGAGGCACCAACUUCAUUGCCCCCCUUUCUCUUACUGUUCAGAUCAAUCAGUUCAAGAUCUUCAAGCAGCAGGUUCUCUCUACCAUCCAUCAACGGGGUCCUCAAAGCUUUCUUCCAAGUGAAAAGGCAUUCUGGUCAGGGAUUUACAUGAUAGAAAUAGGGGGAAAUGACUUCACUUAUAGCUACCAAACUCUCAAACUCAGCACAGACCAGGUCCAGAAGACUGUUCUUCCUAAGGUUGCAAGAUCUAUAGCUGGAGCUGUCAUGGAACUGUACAAUGAAGGAGCAAGGACAAUCUUGGUGAAGGAUGUUGGGCCCCAAGGGUGUGGUCCCUUUUGGCUGACCUAUUUCUCUCCCAAUGACUUGGACCAACAUGGGUGUUCUACAUCCUUCAACCAAGCAGUGCAGUCGUAUAACAGAAUGCUUAGAGCAGAACUGGCCAAGGUUCGCAAACAGCUCCCACAAGCGAACGUUGUCUAUGUCAAUACCUAUGACAUUCUCUAUGACUUCAUCGCCAAUCCUUCUUACUAUGGAUUCAAAGCAACUACAUCAGCUUGCUGUGGGGUAGGAGGGAAAUAUAACUAUGACUAUGCAGUGCAGUGUGGAAUAAGUGGAAUGAUCCAUGGAAAGAGUGUCAAGGCAGAGUCAUGCUCUGACCCUGCAUCUUAUGCAAAUUGGGAUGGAGUGCAUUGGACAGACCAGGCCAACAGGCUUCUUACUCAAAAGAUUUUGGAGGGCAAAUACUUUGAGCCAUCUUCCUUCUCCAUUUCUAGAACUUGCCAACUCCAAUCUAUUUGAUGGUUCACUUGAAUUCUAGCCCCAUUAAUAAUCAGAGCAAUGUAAUAUGGUGUAUUGUUUUGUCUAUCCCAUAUGCUUUUGAGUGUCAAUAAUAAAAAAUGUUCUACAUUGAUUUUUCAAUGUAAUGGUUAGCGUUUCAA